GGCUCGGAAGCAUUUGUUUACAUCCGCUUAAAAGCUAAGCAAACCAGAGACGAGAACGACUUCAGUAUGCCUCCUAAGGUGCAGAAGUGUUCUAUUUGUGGUACGAUUACUACAGAAAAAUGGUACAUGCUCGACAGACGAUCGAUCUGUUCCGUGUGCCACGACAUUCAGUUGAAUCCUCCACUGGAGCCACUGCACGAAAGAUCAAACGAACGACCUGCAGCUGCAGCAGCCGGGUCGAACGUGGCCAACGAUAAUAAAGUCGAGCCAAUCGAUGAGGAAGAUAUUACUGCCGCGACAUCCAAGAAAAUGGAUGUUGGAAAGAACCACUUAAUUGCCCCAGACAAGUCCGCAGAAGGAAUGGAACACGCUGGCAUGAGUGCGGCUGAGCAGUCCGAGGUGACGGACACGGUGGCUCCACUUGGUAUGUAUUCACCAAGGCGCCUACGACGUCGCAUUUGUCCCGUAACGCGACCUCCAGUGCGCCGUCGAGUGAACAAAACCGGCCGUGCUCAUUUCAACUCUAAGGCUAAAUCCCGGCGUACGCUGUUGAAGAAACCACCAACUAAAUCGACUUGCGAAACAGCCUCAACAAAGACGGUAGCGCAGCUGUUCCAUGAGAAUAUCUGCUUUCACGAGAGUGAUAUCGUGUCCCUGGUCGAUGUGAAGGACAACAUAUACUAUGCGCAAAUACGGGGCCUUCUUAUUGAUACUUAUCGCGAAAAAAGCGCCACUCUGAUGUGGCUAUUGCCGACCACCAGCAGUCCACCGCCAAACGUGAGUUUCAAUCCGGCCACAUAUAUCGCAGGACCUGUAGAAGAAACACCGCGCCGCCUUGCCUACAUGAAGUUUGUCAUGAGCGCUCCCAGCAAUUAUUUUUUCGAUCGACACAAUCCGUUCCCUCGCCCAGAGACCUACGGACCGACAAACACAACACAGGGUAACAACCGUAACUAUGUGUGGACCAACAUUGCCCAUCUGCACUAUGGGGAUAGGUUCUAGUUAGGUGUUCUAGUAAACCAAAACGAUCGCGUGCUAGUAAAGAAAACCGACUCCUCCGAAACCGAAGUCGGCCGCAGAUGGAACUGAUUGGGAUAUGCUAGGAGGGCCAACUCGCAAUCCGUGCAUCAAACGAAGAAAAGGGUCAUACUAUUGUAUUAAUAUUACUUAUUGUAUAUGUAAAGUGAGUUACAAAGUGAAAAUAAUGGAGUAAUGAAAGAACGCCAAAAGGCCGGAUAUUUCACGUGGUCCAACGAACGGACAUUGUGGAGACAUUGUGUACGGCAUGUACGCCAGAACGGUGAUGAUCUUUUUUAUUCAUCGUAGAAGAACGGACCGGGCCGUAUUUAUAUCAAUUAUGACUAUUCUCUACGAACAUCACGUAUUAUGGCAUGUGGAGAAUAUGGCUUGCUGGAUCAUGUUGCUUUUAGUAUGAGAUAGACAGGCGAAAAAUCAUUUAUAGAUAAACAUUUUUAUUUCGUUUUUAGACAUAGACAACAUUCAGAAAAAAAUCGGUAUGGAGCCAAAGAAUUAAACAUUGCUAGCUAUCAGAAGUUUAGUUCGUUCAUUGUUCCACCCGGUGAAAAUUGUACAUUCAUUCAUCCAAAUCCCCCAAGUAGGACACCAAUUGAUUUACAAACUGAGUACGAUAUAAGGCCCCCACACAAAGGGAACGUUAAUUACGUUUUGACGCGACGCUUUUUCGGACCUUUCACACCGGUUACGAACGGGAGCGACAGGCAACGGAAAAGUCUUUCGCCCUGCUGUUCGGGCGAAAACAAUUAGACAUCUUGGGUAGUUAACACUAGAUAUACCACACCAGUCAUUUUGACUGGUCGGGCAGUUUGAAUUGCAAAUUUCCAGUACAUAUAAUUUUUUUUCCCUGAAAUGAUGUCAUGACUUUUAAUAGCUCUAAGUAAAGAAUACAUUUUAUAAAUAAUUUUUUUUAUAUACGUUAGUAAAAAAAAAAUUUUUUUUUUGGA